AUGCGUUUACAGUCUGUACCGCUAUACCUUUCGGAGAUGGCACCAUAUAAGUACAGAGGAGCCCUUAACAGUUGCUUUCAACCGGUUCUCAUAGGUGUUCUCGUUGCAAAUUUCCAAACUAUAAUAGUAACUUCCAGCAGUGAUUAUUCUUCUAGCUCUUCUGAGGAGGAUUCCAAGAUCUCUGCUGCCAAAGCACGUGCCAAUGCGGAUCGUGCUAAGAAGAUAAUAAAUAGCAUGCCCCUUGCUUCAGACUCAGAUGCCGAAGAAGAGGAACCUAUAUGGGAGCCGAUGGAACGCAGAAGUAGGCCAUAUCCACCACACAGAGAAAUUGAGCGAUUAAUUGAGGAUGAACGUGAUGAAGAAGAUUACUGGGAUGCAAUGUAUAACGAUCUCGAGGAAGAAUUCCCCAGUUCGGACAGUGAUUCCGAGAAAGAGUUUGAAGAAGAUUCUUCAGAGGAUGAUGAUGAUGAUGAAUCGGAUGACUCUGACGAUUAG